AUGCGCGUGAUACGGGGGCUGCUGCUCUCGCUGGGGCUGCUCGGACGCUGCUCCGCGGCGCUGCAUGACGCGCAGGGGCUGCAGUUCGCAGACGCCGCCGCGCUCUGCGCCUACCACUGCUCUCCGACCCUCCUCUCGCCCAGUUCUCAGUGCUCGCCGCCGCUUUGUGGGCGCGGGCGCGCGCUCGAAGCCGCUGCAGCCAACACCAGUGACCAGCAGAUCGACGUCAUCUCAUGUAACAGCGUGGAGCAGAAUGCGUCGACGCUCGCGUUUUCGCUGACGCUGUCGGCGGCGGACAGCGCGCAGGUGUUUCAGGGCCUCCACGACGCCUUUUUCCAGGCGUACGACGCCAUGUUGGGCGGCGACAGCAUCACGGCCGACGCCUGCCAACUAGCUUUCCUACAGGAUAAACUCCUGCCCAAGGUGCAGGACGACGACUCGGAGCAGGAGGAGAAGGCGGAGCGCAAGCCGAGAUUAGUGAAACUACUCACAGGACAGGAGGGAGACCAAGAGAGAGCGUGCGUCGCUGCCGUGAGAAGCGUCUGGGCGCAAGACGAGGAAAAUGAAACGCCGCUGCUGACUAGAAGGGGCGACAGGCUUGGAGAGAACACGGUGCUGUUGGUGCAUGCCAACAAGUCCGUGGCGGAGCAGAUUCGGGCUCUGGAGUGCGUGGAUGUUAUGCUGAACCUACCGGCAAUUCUGAAGUUGAUGCCUUUCGCCCGAAGUGCCGCGCAGCUGAGUGGCAGGAUGAUGCAGAGUGCAAAGGGGAACGUGUCCGUAGCGGUGCCCGCGAUGGAGAUACGAUUGGUUCAGGGGGCUGCCCUGGAUUCUGUGUUGACUUCCCUGGAACAGCGAGCGUAUGAACAGUUUGGACUGCUGAACGUUUUCGAAACUAGAGAAAACUGGCCGCGAUCGAUUUUUACGAAGCCGCUGCGGGACUUAAGGACGUGGAUGAAUAUUUUAGCGCUGGCUAUAGUGGAGAGUUCUGUCGAGUGGCUGGAUGAACGCCACGAACUUACGCAGAACCUACUGCGUGGAGAAGACCAGGAGCGCUGGACGAGAAUGCAAGCCCAUAGACGACUCGAUGAAUAUGUUCCGAACCUAGUUGGUGUCGACCCGGCUCGGGAGGCGGGUAUUCGAGGCAACGACGUAGUUGUGGGAAUUACAGAUACGGGACUUUACCUUUACCAUGACCAGUUCGACCAGGAUGAGCGCGACAUUUUCUCCGGUAUGGUGAUGUCGGCUCGAAAAGUGGUGAUGUACAACGCCUGGGCGAAUAAGGAAGACGAAGCCGAGACAAUCACCUGCGGUCACGGUACCCACGUUGCAGGACUUCUGGCAGGAAGCUCAUUUAGCGGAAAGCAUGCCAAUCUGGGCAUUGCUGACAAGUCGCGAAUAGCGUUCAUGGACAUCGGGACACAAAGCGAAGCCUGUGCAGGUCAGCUUAACUGUGCUGUAUCCCUCUCUACACCUGCAGAUGCCGGUGAUCUGCUCAAAAGUCAAAUGGACGCAGGCGCAAAAAUAUUCUCGUUUUCAUGGGGAACGCCUGGAUCCGACUACAGCUCUCAAGCCAGUGAUUUGGAUGCUUUUAUCAACGAAAACCCGGAUGUGCUGGUGGUUGUGGCUGCAGGGAACAGUGGCGAGUCGACCAUCACUGGGCAACGCACUAUUUCGUCUCCUUCUGGUGCUAAAAACGUCAUUUCAGUCGGUGCAUCGCUCAACUCGGCAUCAACAUUCUCGCAGUUUGGCUGUCCUAAUAUUUUCAACGAGCGUACAAUCGCAGCGUUCUCGUCGGCAGGGCCUACGACCGAUGGAAGACUGAAGCCUGACGUUGUGGCCCCGGGUAUGAGUCUUAUCUCAAGCCAGUCCGAGGCGCCAGGGUCUACUAAUGAGAGCUCGGCCACUUGCUCGCUGCAAGGGACAUCGCAGGCCACACCAGUCGUCACAGGUGUCGCCGUACUUCUGUACGAAUGGCUCCGCGAUGGUUGGUGGAAGAGCGGCAAAAAGGAUUCAGCGUACGCCAUGAACAAUAUUCCCGCUUCGUUGCUCAAGGCAUUGAUUAUUCACAGUGGCGACUCGCUUCAACAGCGUAUGGGCGCAUUGCCUUCCAGUGGUAUUGCAUCGUGCACAAGCCUGACCUCAGACGUCACUGACGUUGAAUUCCCGGACGUCUACCAAGGCUACGGGAAGCCUAAUCUUACCAACAUUAUCUACUUCAGCGGAUCAAGUGGAAGCAGCAGCAGCAAUGGUACCGAUGCUCUACCGUCACUGUAUUUUUUGCCAAACUCCUCCGAAAGCAGCGAGCCAUCAGUGGCCCACGGGGGAGAGAUGAUCAUCUCGUUUACAGUGGCACGAGGUGUUGAUUUGCGCGCUACAGUCGUGUGGACUGACCCACCAGGGUCCACCCAGGCGACGUCGCAGCUACAGCACGAUCUGGACCUUAUUGUGCGUGUCCGCAAUGGCACGCAUACAUUCGGGCCCUUAACCGCCGACUCAAGGACGGGAAGAGAUUCCAAGAACAACGUUGAAAUGGUGCUGGUCUCCUACGCGGACCUACUCGCCGCUGCCGGUGGUAACUCCAGUAGCAGUGGCGACACAUCCGAUCAUGUGGCGCUCGGCGACGACGGGGAGAUUAUGGUGGAAGCGGUGGUCUAUGGGCGCAGUGUACUGCUGGCAGAUGCGCAGAAGUUUGCGUUCGUUGCAUCGUCCAGCGCCAUCGGCUCCACUUCCGGGUCAGCGGCUGCCUCGAACGGCAAGUCCUUCUGGUCCGAGUGGCUGGUCGCCAUCAUCGUAGGCAGUGUGAUUAUUCUGCUCAUACUGAUUGCACUCUGUACUCGCUGGUGCCACGGGCGAGGCAAGAGCGGCCAAAGCGCGAGGCAUUUGGAGCAGUACCCAGUCCAGACUACCGUCGCAGGCGCCGCCUAUCACCCGGCCUGCGUGAAGUCGACCACGUCAAAGGAAGAUCGAUGUCCGUACUGCCCGUUUAAAAGUCAAGACGCUGUGUUGAUGGUCGCACACGUCGAAUCCGUCCACGUCCACGAAACGAAUGAGCCCAACACGAUUGCAGUGCUGGGGGGCAGCAGGAUAUUCGGCUUGGAGCCGGCAGCGCCCGUCGUCGCGAUGACAUCCAGCCCAGCACAAAAUCCCGAUGUACCGCCCACAGGAGCGCCGCCUGCUGCAGACGACAAGCAGCAGUGUCCCCACUGCCGGUUUGUCGCGCCUGACGUCGUGAUCCUAGUGAACCACCUGCAGCAUAUCCACGGGAAGUAG